GGGGUGUCAAAGGCAGUGGGAAGGACCCUGAGGGCUGGCAAACCGGCGUGGGACCCAUCUUGGGUCGAGGGUGAUGGCAGUUCACGUUUAUUGGUUUUGGGACAAAGACAUACCAUGCCCCAUCCCUGUCAGCAUGCACUUAGAAAGGCCCUGGGGUUAGUCAGCCUUGCUAGCCUGGGGUGUUUCAGCCUGAGCAAGUGUGCUCUGGUGAUGGGCAGGCUGCUGGAGGCUUGAUAAGUAGAGGGUGCUGCUAUGACAUUUUGAGAUGUCUGGCUACCAGCAUGCCCCUGAUGUAUGCCCCUUGCAUGUCCCGAGGUGUGCUAGGCAUGUUCUGUGUGUGUCCUUGGCAUGUUAGCCUGGCAACAUCGGGGUGCAUGUUCCAUAUGUGGGCACACGGUCAAGAAGUGCCCUCGUUGAAGUGGGCCUUGGCACACCCUCUGCCUUGUGGGCCCCUCCCCCAGGUGGUGGACAUCAUGAGGGUGAACGUGGACAAGGUCCUGGAGCGGGACCAGAAGCUGUCAGAGCUGGACGAUCGUGCAGACGCACUUCAGGCGGGGGCCUCCCAGUUUGAAACAAGUGCAGCCAAGCUCAAGCGCAAAUACUGGUGGAAAAACCUCAAGAUGAUGAUCAUCUUGGGAGUGAUUUGCGCCAUCAUCCUCAUCAUCAUUAUCGUUUACUUCAGCUCUUAAACCCCUGAGGAGCCUGCCCUGCCCAGAGAAGGGCCUCUCCCCUCCAUCCCCAGCCGCUCCUCCACCUCUCAGCCAUAUCUUCCAACCCCCCCUCCCCUGGAUCCGUGUGUGUGUGUCCGUGUGUGUGCCCCCCCUGUAAAUAGCCAGCUGUUAUUUAUACAUAUAUAAUAUUAUAUAUAUUUGGUCUGUUUGUAGUUUUAUUACUAGAAGAUUUUUCCGGUUGUCCUUAACACCCCUUCCUGAAGUUCCCAUCACCUCCUUUCUCUUUCCCUCCUUCCCUUUCCCUCUCUUCCUAACCAGCCCCAAGUCCCUUCAUUUGCAUCUGCUAUGCAAUAGUCCCUCUUCCUCUCCUCCUUCCCUUGGAUUUAGCUGAUCCUUCCUUCCACCCUGGCCUUCCCCGUACCCCCAGUCCCCUACAAAAAAAAAGCAAAAAGCAACUGUCCAGGCCUCCUUAGGUGCAUCUUCUUUGCAUCAUUGGGAGGCUCUGAGGCUGGCCCCACUUGGUCCUAAGAAUCCCAAGGUCUUCUGGGAGCUUGCAGCAUGUUAAUUAGCAAUCAUUUGCAUACUGACAUCCCUUUUGGUUUCCUCCUUUUUUUUUCCAUCACUUUUCAUUCUUUCAACCCGUGUUUCUUUUUUACUGAGGAGUUAGUCCCCAUUUGUCCUUGUAUCACACUUUCAUUUGCAUGAUGUUACUUGCAGGUGGUGGGGAGCCUGGGCUUUUGGGGAGCCAGGCUGUUCUGGCCCCCAGAAUUGCCCCCUCCUAGCCCCCCUAGUCCAGUUUGCCUCCCCUACUCCCAUUUUCCAAACCUCUUGUCCCCUCCUCUCCCUCCCCCCAGCUGGUGUGUAAAAUGUCUUGGAGUUCAGUGUGUUAUGAUGGACCAUUAAUUCUGCCACUUGGAGUCUCUCCCCACAUUCCUGCUCCCCCAUUUUCAUGUGGGGUGCCCAACUGACAUUCCCAUGGGAUCUCCCUCCCUCCCAUCUGCCUGAUCUGCCUCCUCCCCCUUCCACCAGGAGAGUUGGGGGUUGGCCACAAUGUGAUUUCUUUUGGGAGAGGUGGCUACCAGUGUGUGGGCGGUCAUCACUGCCUUGGGGAGGAGUAGGGCAGGACAGAGAAUCCCCCCAAUUCCUGCCUGAAAUCUCCUCUGGCCCCACCCCUGCUGGGGCUUGGACUAAAAACCCUCCUCCCCAAUUUGGGGAGUGUUGCCCCCAUCACUGCCCAGCUCCUCUGACUGCCCCCUUGAAUUCAGGGUGGGGUACUAGUUACUGCCAAUGUGUACAUGGACUUGCUGGAAGAUGGGGAUUCUCACCCUUCUCUAGGGCGGUGAAACCCAAAGCUAGAGCUGUCCUCCUUAGGUGAAGUGAUAGAGGAAGGGUCUAAUAUCUUUUUAAAUGGCACAAUUUUAGGGGUCUGAGAGUGCAGUCCCUUAACCUGCCACUGGAGGGGACCCACCCCCAACUCUUCCCCCCACACUCAAAGUUUCUGGGUGGAGGGGGAGCAGGGAGAUCUAAGCUGUGGUAUGAAAGGGUAGGGAGAGAUGCUGGGGGUGGGGGUGCUGUGUUCUAGACCCCCCCAUAUUAUCCCAGUGUCCCCUGCCCCCCCACCCCAUGCCCCCAAUUCUGUGGCACAUCCAGAUUGUGAAAAUGUACAAUAAAUGUGUAAUGAGUAACCAGGUGGUGUCUGUUCUAAGAUCUUAACCAGUGGGAAGGGUAUUGGAUCUGCAGGUAUAACAGGAAGGUUGAGAAGACACAUUGGGAAGGGACUGAGCUUUGCCGGAGGGCCUGACCUUGGGUAGGGCAAAGUGUGAUUCCCAGAGUGGCCACGGUGGGGCACCAGGAGUUGAUAACAGGAAGUGUUCCUGAUCCCUGCGUCUCACCUGAACCCUGAGGUCUGGGCUUCCCAACUCCCCCGCCCCUUUUCUUGCUUGGGAGGCAUGCUUCUGCUGUUUGUUGAAUUCCUUUCUACAUUUUGAUUUAACUCCCAGAUGCUCAGCAGUCGCUCCCAUGGUCAUUUACUCCUGGGGCUGAAAUAGAUGGCUAACUUGUGCAAAACAUUGCUUCCCUUUGGUGCCUAGCACAGUGCCAGCAUCCAGAAGGCAUUAAUAAGUACUUAGUGAAUGAAUCAGUUCAAGAAGACCCAGCUGAGUGUGGUGUGGAGCUGGCCAUGGAUGGCCUGCUACCCCUGCACUCUGUGUUGUCCAACUGGUGACUCUAGACCGUCUGAACUCCCUUAGUCUCCAUGAUGCCCCUGAUGUGGCACCUUAGCAUUCCUGUCCCCAGGUGCUUCAGCAAUAUGUGGAGAGAGCCAGGUGAGCUGUGGAGGGCUGAUUUCUGGCUGCAACAUGAAGAUUCAGCAGUAUAAGAGACUUAGUGUUUCUCAAACUUGUGGGCUCUUAAGAACUACCAGGGAUGCUUUCUAAAAUAGAUUGUCUAAGGGACCCAGGUGAUUCUUAUAAUUAGGUACAUAGUUAUUAUAAUGUCUCACCGUUCAUUGAGGGCUUAUUAUAUUGCAGACAGUGCUCAGGGCUUUUUCACACUUCAAAUACUGAAUUGUUUCCAGGUUUAGGGUUCCCCUAGAUCCUAGGACCCAUCUUCUUUAUAGUGUCAGGGACCUGGGUUCAAAUCUUGACCCCAUUACUGACUAGUGUUAAUCCAGACAGAUCAUGUUACCUCUCUGGAGCUCAGUCUCAUUUGUGAGUGAGCCGGUAGUAAGUGAGCUGGCCUCUGGGUUUGUAAGAAGCGCCUGGCCUGGUCCACAGAAAUCAAUCAAGAGACAGCUAUCAUCGUCGUCAUCAUCACGAGGCACUGACAUAUGGAGACCGCUUCACCCUAAGGUUCGAACCUUCCAGCUUCGAGGAACCUCGGGGACCCAGGGCCGGAGUCCUAGCGUGGGGAGCGCUCUUGUCACGGCCGAGACUGCUCGCCCAAUCUCGGCACAAAGCGCCCCCACCAACGCCACCGCCGCUCAUGUCUGCGCCUGCGUGCAGGUUACACAUGCGCCUGCGCAGACUCUGCUGUCGGGUGACAAUGUCGUCAAGGAAAAUCCCCAGCUUCUAGGUAAACAAGUUGCCGCGUGAGACUGCCGGCACGUGUCCUCUACAGCUCCGGCACAUCUCAGCCUAUGAGAAAGUUUGGGGGCUGGACUGGAAUUUGCGUCACCGAUCUAGGCAGGUCGGGGAAUUUUGCCACAGCCAAUAGGAACUUCGGAAGUGGAUGGGAGCGUGGCUUUCUGUCAGACUUCCAAUCAACGCGCAGGGGCGGCCCCUCCCGCACGUGGAGCUGUCACUGCCGGUUGGCAAGCUGACCAAUGAGAAAAUGACGGCGGGCGGUGGUUGCCGAAGGUGC